AAUCCAUGUAAUUAGCACUUGAAUGUUUUUCCGGACGGACUUAUCGGAUUUUUCGAAUUUAUACAUAACAGCAGCACCAUUUCGGGACUACUGUCGUUGAAGGGAAGAUGAGUAACAGUGUUUUGGACUACAAGGGUGUCCUCACCGGUGGCCAUACCGGCUGGGUGACUGCUAUUUCUUGUCCUGGCAGAAGUGAUAUAAAUACUGUGAUUUCUGCUUCUAGAGAUAAGAAGAUUAUGAUCUGGGAGGUCUACGACAAUGAAAUUGAGGGUGAAAUCGGCAUCGCUAAGAAGUCUCUUACGGGGCACUCACAGACUAUUCAAGAUGUAACCAUGUCAUUUGAUGGUCUUUUUGCUUUAUCUGGUUCUUGGGACAACACUCUGAGGCUUUGGGACCUCGUGAAGUGCAAAACUGUGCACGUAUACAACGGUCACACUAGUGAUGUCUACAGCGUAGACUUCAGUCCUGACAAUCGUCAAAUCAUUUCCGCCAGCCGUGAUAAAACUAUCAAGUUAUGGAACACUUUGUCUGAAUGCAAGCGUACAGUUCAGAAUGCGCACAAUGACUGGGUUUCUUGUGUAAGGUUCUCUCCUAACCCACAUGAGCACGUAUUUGUCUCCGGUGGUUGGGACAAGAUCGUUAAGGUCUGGGAUCUUGCUAACUGCAACCUUAAGUUCAACCUUAGUGGACAUGAGGGUAUCGUUUCAUGCACUUCUAUUUCUCCAGACGGUUCACUUUGUGCUUCUGGUGGUAAGGACGGCAUCGCUCGUUUGUGGGACAUGAAGGAAGGCAACAGCCUGCAUUUGUUGGAGGCUGGUUCUCCUAUCAAUGCUCUCUGCUUCUCUCCUUGCAACUACUGGCUUUGCGUGGCUACUGACAGGGCCAUUAAGAUCUGGAACUUGGAAAACAAGAACGUGCUCGCUGAAAUCACUAGCGACAAGCCUAAGAAGAUUGGCCUUCCAUGGUGUGUGUCUCUGUGCUGGAACGCUGAUGGCAGCACGCUUUUCGCUGGAUCCACUGACGGUACUAUAUAUGUCUACCAGGUCAACAAGAACUACAGCUACAUGGGAAAUUAACUCUGAAAUAAUUAUUUUUCAUCAUAU